UUUUUACUUAAUUUAUUAAAAUGCUGCCUGUGCGUUACAUAUUUCAAAAAUCUUGUCGAUUAAGGCAUCAAAAAUGGCUAGCAAGAAAAUACUCCGAUUCUACUUACCCGAAAAUAACUACCCAUUAUACGAUACACCCAAGAGAACAGGAUCCGAGAUGGAAAGAUGUGGACAUGGAAAGAUUUGGAGAUGAAACAGAUUUAUUGAUUGUCGGCGGUGGUCCAGCUGGAAUGGCUGCUGCAAUUAGAGCAAAACAAAUAGCAAAUGAAAAAGGAAAAGAACUUCGAGUUUGUCUGGUUGAGAAAGCCUCAGAAGUUGGAGGUCACAUAUUAUCUGGUGCUUGUGUUGACCCACGAGCUUUAAAUGAGUUAUUUCCUGAUUGGAAGGAAAUGGGUGCUCCUCUAAAUACUCCGGUCAAAGAAGAUUUCUUUAGUAUUUUAACUCAAACAGGCCGCAUCAGAUUGCCUAUUCCUAUGUUGUCAUGGAUGCCAUUGAACAAUCAUGGUAAUUACAUAGUUCGUCUAGGACAUGUGGUGCGGUGGCUUGGUGAGCAAGCAGAAGCACUUGGUGUUGAAAUAUAUCCUGGUUAUGCAGCUUCAGAGAUCUUGUACCAUGAAGAUGGAAGUGUAAAAGGAGUAGCUACUAAUGAUGUCGGUAUUGCUAAGGAUGGUUCUCCAAAAUCGUCAUUUGAGAGGGGCAUGGAGUUGCAUGGAAAAUGUACUAUAUUUGCAGAAGGUUGCCAUGGCCAUUUAUCGAAACAGCUUAUAAAUAAAUUUAAUUUGAGAAAAGAUGCUGAACCACAAACAUAUGGUAUAGGUAUUAAAGAAGUAUGGGAAGUUUUGCCAGAAAAUCAUCACCCGGGUAGAAUAGAACAUUCUACUGGUUGGCCAUUAGAUCAUAAAACUUAUGGUGGAUCAUUUUUAUAUCACCUAAAUGAGCCUACACCAUUAGUAGCUGUUGGUUUUGUAGUUGGUUUGGAUUAUACUAAUCCUUAUCUAAGCCCAUUCAGGGAGUUCCAAAGAUUCAAAACUCAUCCUGCCAUUAGACCUACAUUUGAAGGUGGCACUCGUGUUGCAUAUGGAGCUCGAGCUUUAGCUGAAGGAGGUUUCCAAAGUAUUCCAAAAUUAACAUUCCCUGGUGGAUGUCUUGUUGGAUGUGGGGCAGGUUUCUUGAAUGUGCCAAAAAUCAAGGGAACACAUAAUGCCAUGAAGAGCGGAAUGUUGGCUGCUGAGAGUGCUUUAGAAGAAAUCUUUGCAGAAUCUCAAACUCAGACUACUGCAAGUUUUGAACCAAGAACUUAUACAGAUAGAAUUAAAAACAGUUUUAUAUGGAGUGAAUUGAAAGCAGCUCGUAAUUGUCGGCCAAGUUUCCACAAUCCAAUAGGCUUGUUAGGAGGUAUAAUGUACAGUGGAGUAUCACUCUUAAUUGGUGGAAAGGAACCAUGGACUUUCAGUCAUGGAGGUCCUGAUCAUACUAGGUUGAAAAAAGCAUCAGAAUGUACUCCCAUUGAAUAUCCUAAACCUGAUGGAAAAGUAUCAUUUGAUCUCUUGUCUUCAGUAUCAUUGACUGGUACAAACCAUGAAGGCGAUCAGCCUGCACAUUUAACAUUGAAAGAUGAUUCUGUACCUAUAAAAACAAAUUUACAAGAAUUUGAUGGUCCAGAAGGAAGAUUUUGCCCAGCAGGUGUGUAUGAAUUUGUUCCAAUGGAGGACGGAGAUGGUCAACGAUUACAAAUUAACGCUCAAAAUUGCAUACAUUGUAAAACUUGUGAUAUAAAAGAUCCAACUCAAAAUAUUAACUGGGUUGUCCCUGAGGGUGGUGGUGGACCAGCUUAUAAUGGAAUGUGAAAUUUAUCAGAACUGAAUAAUAUUAUAAAUAA